AUGGCUGCUGAAACCGGAGCCAGCACGGGCACUGAUAUUCCCAAACGAGAGCCAACUCCUCCCACGUCUCUCGGCUCAAUCCCUCAGAAACGCGCCUUCGACGAUGAUCACAGCCCCGCCGUUCCGUCGCCUCUCAACCCAGACGUCAGUGCCUCUGAGCUACCUCCCCCCGAUGACGCGUCGCAGUUGAAGAGCUCCAAACCCGCGCGAGCGAAGAAGGAUAGCUUCAAGAAGCGAGAGACCAAAGGAGGCGGCCGUGAUAGCUCUCCCGCGACGCCAGAUCACAGAUCUGUCAAGGACCAGAACAAUGUUGACUCUCCUCUACGAUACAAAUUGGCUCCGCCAAAACCAUCCGACUUUGAGCUUCCCCGUGGCCCUUUCAUGACAUUGCACCACGAGGUAGAUGGCUUGGGAGGACGGGUAGAAUUCUUCGAGGCCUCUGACCAUGUCUUCAACAAAAAGAACUUUCGCUACACCCGUUGCAUUGCCGACCCUCUCUUCCCAUCCACCCUAUACUACCGACAGACCGAACCCGAGCCGUUCGGACCUCGCUUGAACUAUGAAGAUGCAGCCACGAGCGUGUUUUUUGACAAGUCAGGACGAGGCGUUACAACCGACAAGGGAUUCCGAAUGGCUCGUGCCAACGUCGCCGUCAGAGAAGGGCGAUGGUAUUGGGAAUGCAAAAUCACAAAGGGGGUGCGAGAAGCCGCUGAAGCCGGCGCGAAACCCGAGGGGGGGAAACACGUUCGCAUGGGCUGGGCCCGACGCGAGGCAUCGCUGGAUGCGCCAGUCGGAUUUGACGCGUACAGCUACGGCAUUCGCGAUGUCGCAGGGGAAAAGGUCUUCAUGUCGCGGCCAAAGGCCUUCUUCCCUGCAGGGGACGGCAUCCGCGAGGGCGAUGUCAUCGGUCUCGAGAUCCAGCUACCAUCAGAGAACAUGCAUCGAAAGAUCAUGUCCAGCACGUACAACCCCGCCAUCGACGCCCCCGACGACGAGUCCCCUCCCGGCGCAGAGGCGCCCAACAUCGUUCGAGACAGGGUACCCAUCCGCUUCAAAGCUCACACGUACUUUGAGAAGAUCGAGUACCACACCACCAGAGAAUUAGAGGACCUGAUGAACCCGUCACCAAUCGGAUCCAGCUCGUCGUCGUCAGAGAGCCCCAAUCCUCUGCACACAAGCCCAGCCCUCCGGACCCUCCCCAACUCGAGUAUCAAAAUAUACAAAAACGGCCAGCUAAUCGGAACCGCCUUCGAAAAUCUCUUCGGUUUCCUGCCCCCGGCAUCAAAACCCCAGCCACAGGUCGGUGCCCGAGAAGGCCUCGACGACGGCAUGCUCGGCUACUACCCGGCAGUGAGCAUCUUUCGCGGCGGCGCAGCAGAAGUCAACUUUGGCCCGGACUUCUGGUACCCUCCGCCAGAGUACGCGUCUGCUCCCUCUGGCGAGGAGGACACACCAGAGUCAAGGCGCAAAAGGCUGCGUGCUGUUAGUGAGCGAUACAAAGAGCAGAUUGUCGAGGACAUAGUGUACGAUGUCAUCGACGAGGUGGACUUUUGGAUGCAAGAUGGCGGCGGCGCGACAGAUACGACGGGGGUGCAGGAGAAGAGCGAGGCGGUAGCUGCUGCGCCUGGAAGGGAAGAGAUUAAGGAAUUGGUGCAAGAUGAUUGA